CGACGAGCACGUGGAAGACCAAUAUACAAAAUGGCGGACGAAACUUUGAUCGCGAAGUUGUUCGAGAUAAAUGCUAUCAAAUUUGGCAAAUUCACCCUUAAAAGUGGCAUAGAGUCGCCAAUAUAUGUAGAUCUACGAGURAUUGUAUCAUAUCCCGAUGUUUUGAAGCUUGUAAGUGAGCUAAUGUGGAAAGUUGUGAAGGAAUCUGGUAUACACUUCGAUGUCAUUUGUGGCGUGCCAUACACUGCUCUACCCAUCGCUUCUUGUAUGUCCGUCAACUAUAACGCGCCCAUGGUCAUGAGGAGAAAAGAAGCAAAGUCUUAUGGAACCAAGAAGCUUAUUGAAGGCCAUUUUCAAGAAAGCGAUGUCUGUCUGGUUAUUGAAGAUAUUGUAACUAGUGGUUCAAGCGUUUUAGAGACUGUUGAAUCGCUCAACUCGGUUGGGUURAAGRUUACCGAUACAGUAGUGCUGCUAGAUCGAUGUCAGGGUGGUAUAGAUAAGCUGAAGGCCAGUGGGAUUCAACUACACUCGCUUUUGAAUCUUCAGAAGACACUUCAAGUCCUUCACAGCCAAGGAAAGAUCAAUUCAGCUGUAGUUGAGGAUGUCAAGGAGUUCUUGGCAGCAAAUCAGUUUAAAGUUGAAGWUGACAAGCCAGAAAAGCCSAAAGCAAGRUCGAUGUCAUAUGAARCAAGAGCAAAUGUUGCAAAACACCCUCUCACCAAGCAGCUGUUUSAGAUCAUGAGCUCAAAAUCCACCAACCUUGCUGUGUCAGUUGACCUGACAAGAUGUUCUGAUAUUCUUGCUUUAGUUGACAAGAUUGGCCCUCAUAUCUGUCUUGUGAAAACACACGUGGACAUUAUYGAGGACUUUUCUCAGGAAUUUGUUGCACUGCUUGGCCAGCUCGCAGAGAAACACCGAUUUUUGAUCUUUGAAGAUCGCAAGUUUGCUGAUAUAGGAAACACAGUCAAGCAUCAGUACAGUCAAGGAAUAUAUCAUAUCUCUGACUGGGCACAUAUUGUGAAUGCUCAUCCAGUACCUGGAGAAGGGGUGAUAUCAGGGCUUAAAGAAGUAGGGGAACCUAAACAAAGAGGCUSUSUACUAAUAGCUGAAAUGAGUUCCCAGGGGAAUUUGGCUACUGGGGAUUAUACAAAGGCUGCUGUUGACAUGGCGACCAGAAAUAAAGACUUUGUUGUCGGGUUUAUUAGUUUACACAGUCUUGUUGAUGACGCAGAGUUUAUUCACAUGACACCUGGAGUAAAGCUUAGCAGUGGUGGAGAUAAUCUUGGCCAGCAGUACCUGACCCCUGAGGAGGUAGUUGGUAAGAGAGGCAGUGAUGUCAUMAUUGUUGGMCGAGGAAUAUAUCAAGCUGAAGAUCCAAUCAAAGCWGCUAUUGAAUACAAAGAGGCUGGAUUUGAGGCAUAUUUGAGCAGAUUGGUGUAACUCAUUACAUUACUAGCUUUUAAAGGGUGAACUUUUGUAUUUAUCAUUGUGGAGGCAAGAUAAUAAACAUGGAAAACAAAAUGGUAAUAAUGUAAAAGGUCAAAUAGACAUGAUAAAAAGAAAGUAAAGAUGGGUGGUUAAGGUUUGCAGGUCUAAUUUAAAGGUUUCUUGACUCCACUCUAAUAUCAUGUUAAAUGUAUACAGAAAGAGACUAAAAUAAAAUGAGCGACAAAAUGGAAAGCUAGAAGUCUGACAGACAAACACAAUUAAAAUACCUAAACACUUUCUGAAGGCUAACAUAUUUUUAGAAUCUUUAUUGUGCAUUAUUUUUUGAGUAAUUUCUUUGACUUCUAAGUAUAACAAUAACAUUUUAAGUGUCUUUUUUUGUUCUAUUUUAAAUAUGGCAAACCUUUGUUCCAUUGAUGUUUUGCAUCAAAUAGACUCUAAUAAUUAACUCUAGAGGAUGAAGAGUGUUCAAUUACUUAAAAAUAUAAUAACCAAUUGAUAGCACACUUCAUACUUCAAUAAAUGAAUGUACAAUAAUUAUAUCAUUAUAUAGUGCAAUGGCAAUUCAUUUUUGAUCAUCGUCCAGAUACACUGCAAUCUUGAAGACUUGAAAGAUAUUUCUAUAUUAAAUUGAUGAGGGCAUUGUAAAGUUUA